GAAAGUGCUUUGAUGAAAGAAUGACCUCCAAUUGCGAAAACUGGGCAGGAAGAGGCUUGUGUACGGGUAAAAGGGGAUGGAAAGCUUAUAUGGAAGAGAACUGUAGAAAGACAUGUGGUUUCUGCAAAUCCAGCGGUGAGUCACUUUUCCUUCAAUUUGAAGUUCAUAUGAGCGUUCGAGGAAUGGUCCCCGAACAUUUUCAGCAGCCUGCUAGCGGGCAUUGCGUUGAGUUUGGAAAACUCUUGGUACAAGGGUACGUCCCUAUCAAAACUAGGAAUCUAAAACACUUUUCUCAAUCUGUAGCAAAUAGAACACUGUGCUAGCCUCCAUAAAAUAUGUAAAUAAAAACAUUUUCUACUGGGAUUUGGUCUUAUCCCAACGGAAUGAGGAAACUAUUUUAGCACGGCAAUGUUUCUGGGAAAAUAUUGCUCAUGAAAUUCGAGCACGAACACUUUGCCUAUGCUUGCACCGUGUCUAUGCUUGCGUCGAAGAGAAAUCCUGCUACGCCUUCUUGUUCUAUGUUAAACUUAAACUAACGUAUUGCUCCCUUUUCUCAUUUUCCAGAAAGUGCUGUUAGUGUGAGGACCCUCCUUGGGAUAUGACUAGGGUGAUUGGGGCCCUCUACUUGCUACAAAGAAAUAAAGCUUUUGUUUGUAAUCAACUCUACAAGAAAAAAAUUCAGUUUAGAAACUAAAAAGAAACAUCUUCGUAAUAGAUUUUUAAAAAACUUGCUUGUAGAUAGUUGCUAUAGAUUGUUGUGUAGUUGCCAACUGUCUGAGGCGCCGGCGGUGAAAGCGUCUCAAAUCGUUACAAUUCCAAGGAUAUGAAUUUGAGGGUAUUAUCGAAUGUUGCUGUUUGUCUUGUGUUAAAACUAUAAAAAAAAAACAUUAUAAUACACAUGUAGGAAAGGCAAUCAAAUGAGAAAACGCGUGACCUUUACGUAAAGCGCUUAGGGGUGCGAGCAGUCAAAGAGCUCUCCUUUUUUUCCUAUGUCACUGCCUUUGCCCGCACUUUAUCGUGUUCCGUAACACCAGAACGAAACUCACGCGCCGACUUAUUACAACAAAAGAAAAUAUAAUAACGAUCCACGAAAAAGAAAAAUCAAGUAACAGGUUUGCUAAAACCAUUUUUGAGAAACCGGAUUGUGAUACAAGGUAUCCGGUACAAUGUCAUGCUUCCAGGCUGAAAAUUGAGCCCGAAGCACUCGGAAUAGCCGGCGCGUUUUUCAGAGUGGACGGUGAAAUGCGCCGGUGGCUGGCUCCAUUUUGACAACCUUUCCAAGCCUAUAACUU